AUGGCUCAUCAAGAAUGGCAGACCAAAUUCGACGACCAAUUCUCUGACCUGGAUCACCUGUGGAAUUUGGAGAUAGUAAGCAAUGUAGAGCAGGGAAGCGGAUGGCUAAAAAUGCAAUGUAAAGGAAUGGCAAGGUUCGACUGUAGCACAUGCAACAAUAGAUGGACGUCGGUUAACGGUGGAGCAAUAUUUCGCUAUCGUCUUUCUCGUUCCCAAAAUGAACGACGUGGUAACGUGAAGCUGUUUCUGGGAGGGCAAAAGUGCAAGAAAUGCGACGACGUAUUUGAAACUGCUAAGUGGGCGGAUUCAGACGUAGAACGUGUGAUCACAGAACUGCUGAGUAAAGUGCAGCAAAAGUUCUAUGGUAGAAUUGAUGUUCCCACCACCAGUGCAACCGAGAACAGAUAUAUUCCAGCAGAUAUGUCUGCCCCUCAUCAAAAAAGUCUUUGUCAGUUCUGUACGCUGGGAGUGUGCCAGUAUAGUCAACAAAAUGAUAUCGACAGCAUCGCAAGUGACUUGGAACACUUUCGAUUUUGA